CCCACUCCCACUCCCAAUUUUCCUUUUCCUUUUCUCACACACUCCAAACAAAACAGUGGAGAGGGAAAAUGGCAAUCUCAAUGUCAGAAGGGGGACUUGCAAAAUGUACCAGAAUCCGGCACAUAGUCAGGCUCCGCCAAAUGCUGCGGCGCUGGCGUAGCAAGGCCCGCAUGUCGGCCCACCGAGAAGUACCCUCCGAUGUUCCGGCGGGACACGUGGCGGUGUGCGUGGGCAGUAACUCCAGGAGAUUCGUGGUGCGCGCCACCUACCUGAACCACCCCGUGUUCACGAAGCUACUUGUAGAGGCGGAGGAAGAGUACGGGUUCUCCAACCACGGUCCUCUCACCAUUCCCUGCGACGAAACACUCUUCGAACAGCUCCUCCGCUUCAUUUCACGCUCCCAUUCCCCUCCCUCCAAUCGUUUCGACGACUGUCACGUCCCUCUCAUAAACAACCUCGACUUCUGCCUCCAAUCUCGACCAAUACUCCACUGAACCAAACCCAACACAUUCACAUAACAAAAAACAACAAAAACAAAAACAACAACAUUGUUUCAGUGCGAUUCGGCGGAGAAUGCUGAGGAGAUGGCAAAGGGUUCCCACAAUGGUCCACCCAGUCGUCCCGGCUUCCGGUCCCAGUUCACCCUAUUGCUUUUCAACCUGUAUAUUUUCACUAUUAUUAAUAUUAUUACGUUUGUCACCAGUAAUAAUUCAUGCAAAUUCAAGUGGAUUUCGCCACGCUCAAUUAUUAUA